GCAUGACUUCGACUGCUGGUGUGAAGUAGGCUUGGCCUAAAUGUUUUCAUCCUGUUCGAAACCGAGAGCGACCGCGAACCGCCGCCGAUCGAAGGUAAUAUAAGACAAGAAGUGUACGCUGAUAAUAUAUGUAUCGUUACAACCACCGAGUUAACACGCGUUUUAAAGGGUUCCAGAUUUCGCGGCAACCGGGAGGAGCUUCCGCUACGCGUCGCGUGUCACUAGGCCCGCUGACCCACAUUCGCGAGACCGCUCGCUCGAGGAAGUGCGCGCAUGAAAUUCAGCAUUUCAUUUAUAGUUAUUGCUCCGAUUAUUCAACGCAGCGCUGCAUUGUGAUCUCGGAGCCAAGGAGAUUAUAUCAGAACGGCACCUGUGUGGAUGCUUUCACAUUGGUGGGACCUCUUCAUAUGUCUUCCCAAUGCAACUGGUUUUUUAACCCCAGACUGAUCCAUGAGACUGCAUUAUCAUGAGCUCCAGAGACCGAGUUUCGAGAAAUAAGUCAGAGAAGAAAAGGCGAGACCAGUUCAAUGUCCUCAUUAAAGAACUUGGCACCUUGUUGCCUGGAAAUACACGCAAGAUGGACAAGUCUACGAUAUUGCAGAAGAGCAUAGACUACCUGUGCAGGCACAAAGAAAUUGCUGCACAGUCCGAGUCAAGUGAGAUCAAGCAAGAUUGGAAACCCCCAUUUCUUAGCAAUGAGGAGUUUACACAGCUGAUGCUAGAGGCGCUGGAUGGGUUUUUCAUAGUGAUGCUGACAGAUGGCAACAUCAUUUACUCCUCAGAAAGCGUAACUUCUCUACUUGAGCAUUUGCCUUCGGACCUGGUGGAUCAGAACCUUUUAAACUUUCUGCCUGUGGGGGAGCACAAAGAAGUCUAUAAAGUGCUUUCCUCACACCCGGACAUUGAAAACCUCAACUCUGAUUACUUCAAAUCCAAGAACCAGGUGGAGUUUUGUUGUCACAUGCUCCGAGGUUCUGUGGAUCCCCAAAAACCGCCUGUGUAUGAAUAUGUCAAGUUUAUUGGCAACUUUAAGUCACUCGCCAACAUGCCUCUUGCAACCCGAAAUGGCCUUGAGGGAAUUUUACAGCACACGUUGCAGCCGGCCUUCGACGAUAAAGUCUGUUUUAUUGCGACUGUGAGGCUCGCCAAACCCCAAUUCAUCAAAGAGAUGUGCAUGGUGGAGGAGCCCAAUGAAGAAUUUACGUCUCGACACAGUCUGGAGUGGAAAUUCCUCUUAUUAGAUCACAGAGCACCUCCUAUCAUUGGCUAUAUGCCCUUUGAGGUGUUGGGAACAUCAGGCUAUGACUAUUAUCACGUAGAUGACUUGCAUUCACUGGCCAAAUGCCAUGAGCAUUUAAUGCAGUUUGGUAAAGGGAAAUCGUGUUAUUAUCGCUUUCUAACUAAAGGGCAGCAGUGGAUUUGGCUCCAGACUAACUACUACAUCACCUAUCACCAGUGGAAUUCGCGACCAGAGUUUAUCGUGUGCACGCACACGGUUGUGAGUUAUGCUGAGGUGCGCACAGAGCAGAGGAGAGAGAUGGGUAUAGAGGAAUCUCCCCCUGAGCUGGCCGGAGAUAAGCAGUCUCAGAUUUCUGGCUCUCAAUCUCAAUUAAACACCUCCAGACUAAAGGAGGUCCUGGAGCGCUUCAGCAACAGUCGCACACCUUCCACCUCCUCAAGGAGCUCCCGCAAGUCCUCGCACACCGCUGUAUCCGACAAUACCUGCACCUCAACUCCCUCUAGGGUACAGAUGGACGUGAGCACUCCACCCCGGCCCGCCACUGUUGAUAUGACACCCCAACGCCGUUCCUCUAUCGGCACCCAGUCCAUGAGUUCCCAGAACACCAAUCAGACUGGAUCUCCGGUCCAAAUCAACCAACAGCAACAACCUCAACCACAGCAACAGAUUCAACCUAAUGCCCUGUUCUCUGCGCAGUUGAAUGCAAUGCAGCACCUGAAGGAGCAGUUGGAGCAAAGGACACGUAUGAUCGAAGCUAGCAUUCAGAAACAGCAGGAGGAACUGAGACAGAUUCAUGAGCAGCUGCAGAGGGUGCAGGGACAGGGCACUCAGAUGAUACUGCAGCAGUCGGGUGGUGGAAUGAGUGUACAGUUACCGCAAGUUGGAGGAGCACAGACUAACAUUUUAGGGGUUGGAGCACAGACUGGGGUCGUAGCUAUACAAGGCCAAAAUGUGACAAGUACAGCACAGAGUGGGACUGUUCCACAGCAACAGGCUCCUCGUUCCCUGCAGCAGGCCUCUUCUGUUACACAGCGUGGCCCUGUGUAUAAUACCAUGAUGAUCAGCCAGCCGGCCAAUGCCAGUGUUGUGCAGAUACCCAGCAGUCUGGCACCAAAAAUAAAUCAGGGAAAUGCAAUCAACAGGUUUCCUGCCGGGCAGCAGUUGGUCACUAAGAUUGUGACGGCUCCAAUGGCGUGUGGCACGGUCAUGGUACCUACAACAAUGUUUAUGGGUCAGGUUGUGACAGCUUACAGCCCGUUUGCACAGCAACAAGGUCAGACACAGACUAUAGCACUGCAGCCUCAAUCAACAGUGCCUGCAGAACAGCAGGCUCAAACUACCACAUUACAAACAAGUCAACAGCAGGGGGCGACGCAGCAACCAACAAAACAGCAACCACCAUUUUUACAGAGCACACGGCUUCUUCAUGGCAACCAGUCCACACAACUGAUCCUGCAGGCUUUCCCUAUUCAGCAGCAAGGUGCAUUUUCUCCAUCACCACAACAACAACAACAACAACAGCAACUGAAACCACAGACUCAGAAACAACAGAAAGGAACCCCUUCUUGUCAGACUGACAGCACUAGUGCCCAGUCUCAGUAACACGGAUGAACACAACAGCCAAUCAGAUGGAGGAGCCAGCUAACUUAGUCUCUUCUAGGAGUUUAUUGGUGCUGUAUUUCAUUUGAAAGGUCUACAAUAAAACCGCUCUUCAUGGAAGCACCUUAGAAGAUUUGAAGACAAGGAACUCCUUCAACAUGGCAGCUGCGUGGAACACAACACCACCAGAUGGACGCUAUGUUAACCCUUGCCGAGCGUUUCACCAAACCAACAGGUGGUUGCCAAACCCAUUAUUUAUUUCAACAGCAGAAAGUGUAGGAUUGCAAGCCUUUGCAUGGUCUUUGCCAAACAGAAACCCUGUUCUCAGUCUUUCACUGUAAACAGCCCAAAGAACUGAGUCUGUACAUCUCGUGUACCAUGUAAAUACACAACCGUAAAGGAACAAAGCAAGAUACUGAAUAUUUUAUAUGCUGCAUGAGAAGUGUAAACUUUAAUUUGUAAUUCCAGUUUUAUGAUUUCCAUUUUUAAGUAUUAUUUUAAUUUGAGCAUUUUUAUAUUAUGCAGAUAGUGACAUUUUCUACUUUUACCCCUUACCUGACAGUGGUCUCUUUACGUAUAGUUAGUUUUUUGUUUGUUUGUUUUUUGGAAAAUAUUAUUCCCCAUUGUCUCUGAAGUACAAAAAAUAAAGUCCAGUUUACAUUUAGUUCUAAUUAUGACACACAUUUGAUGCAGAAAGAUCAAAGUUAAUGGUUUUAAGAGGCCAAAUUGAGCUGCUUUGUUUAAAAAACAAAUUUACUUUAAUUUUGCUUUUUAGCUGAGUCAUAGUAGUCCACUAAAAUGUUUUUGUGCACCUUUCCCCCUGACUUAUAGCACUUAUUGUGUUCAUAUACACUAAAAUAGUCCAUCCUUCUAGUAAUUGUGAGCUAAUGGUCCUUUAAAGGGUUAGUUGACCUAAGAAUGAAAAUAAGCCUGUGUUUUACUCACCCUCGAGGCAUCCUAGGCAUAUGUGACUUUCUUCUUUCGGAUGAAUCCAAACAGAGUUAUAUAUAAAAAAUUGGAUUCGUCUGAAAAAAGAAAGUCAUACACAUCUAGGAUGCCUCGAGGGUGAGUAAAACAUAGGCUAAUUUAAAUUUUUCUGUGAACUAACCCUUUAAGUUACUUUGUGUAUGCAUGAACAGUAUGUGUAUUUCUCAGAUGAGAAUGACACGCCAUGAAUAAGCUUUGAAAUCCUCAAUCAUAAUUGCUUUUUUCUCCCUCAUGGUUUUGGGAGCUAUGCAAGAAGCCACAUCAAGAGCACAGUGUUUCUAUACUGAGGAUAGUCAAGAAUCCUGUCGACCUUUUAGAUCCCAUUUUCAAGGAUAAAAAUGAUAAUAUUGUCCUCUUCCAAUUUUGUUCCAAAGUUGUAAUACAACCUGGAGCAGGAUUAUCGUGCAGCUGUAGAGUCUUAAAGUUUAAGUGAUCUUCCUUUUAACUGUUUUUGUGUGAAUGUAUGUGUGUUCGAGAGAGAGAGAAUUUAAAGUGCAGGAUAUUAUAUCAAUGACAGUUUGUGACAAUUCCAGUAUCGCUGUUUUGGUUGCUACUGUGUGUAUUAACCCCAGCGAUGACCAAUCAGUUCUUGUGUUGCAGUAACUCAGCAUUCUAGAUGUUUCCCCGUUGGCUUGCUGGCUAUAUACCUCAGAAAUGGUUUUAUAUACGAAGUAUUCAAAUGCAUUUUAUUUUCAUAUGUCAAAAUACUUUGAAUUGCUGUGUUUAGACCGGGAGCACUGUUAAAGGAAUAUGAAAACUGAAUAGAUUUUUGACGUUGAUGACUUUUGGAAUUCCAAAAGUGGAGAUGCCCCUUAAAGUAGUUGCCCAACUUCCAUUUUUUUUCAUAGUGUUGUUGUGCGUUUUAUACGAUUGUAUUGUGCACUAAAACCUUCAGUUGUGUUAGCUGUUACAGUUGGAACCAAUGUUUCUCAUAGUGUGUACAAUCAAAAAUGACGUAAAAUUUACGCCCCCAAAAAUCUACUAACAGGUUGAAGAGAGAACUGAUAUGGAUGUCCCUGAAUAUUUCAAUCUUCUGUAUCCAUUAUUAUUGUUAUUAUUAUUAUUUUAUUUUUAUUUUUUUGUAUGCAACCAAAAAGAUUGUGCACUUUGAAUAUGAUAGUUAUUUGGUUCCAGCCCCAGACAUUUGAUUAUAAAAAAAAAAAAAAGUGUUUGACCUGAUGAAUAUCAGUGAAUAAUGAAUUUUGAAUCAUCAAAGAAGUAAAAUUAAUCAUCCUAGCCCAAAGGUGUUUAACCCCAAAACAUGUUCAUUUUGUUCAAACUGAAUUUGCUGUGCACUUCAGUACUACAAAACCAUGUUACCACAAAUGAUUGCCUGCAAAAAAUAUUACCUUCAGUGUGAAUUUGUGUGAACUGUCCUUUGUCAGUUUACCAAAAAACGUAAAUUUUUCCUCUGCAAUAUUCAAUCUUGAAAUAAAGCAAACGAUGUUAUUCA